AUGUUCUGCCCAACACACACCUGUCGCACUUGCUUGAAGCGCCUGAGGCCCCUUCACGGGACGCCGACCGCUGCGCCAGCUCGAAGUACUCCUCAAAACCGGUCGUACGCCAAUGGCUCGGGCUCGGCCCCUUCAGGAUCGACCUCAUCGGCGUCCAAGUCAAAUGACUGGCAGACAGUCAUCGGACUUGAGAUCCACGCUCAACUCAGAACGGGUCGCAAGCUUUUCAGCAAAUCGCCAAUAUCGCAUAAUGCAGCCUCGAAUACCUUGAUAGACAUUCACGAUGCUGCCUUUCCAGGUACAUUGCCUGUGCUGGACAAGGAGGCCGUGCGGCUUUCGCUUCUCACCUCACUAGCGCUCAACUGUACCAUCAACCCUCGAUCUACGUUUGACAGGAAGCAUUACUUCUACCAUGAUAUACCGGCUUCGUAUCAGAUCACACAGAGCUACAAUCCCCUGGCUGCGGAUGGCUACCUCACCUUACCCCCCACGCCGUCUCCAUCGACAAGCUCAUCGUCGCCCUCGCCGUUUUCAUCUCCAGCUUCAUCCUCGACUGCCAAGCGCGUUCGCAUAAAACAGCUCCAGAUCGAGCAAGAUACCGCCAAGUCUCAGACAGUCGGCGGAGACGUCCUCGUUGACCUGAAUCGAGCAGGGACAGGUCUGAUGGAGAUUGUCACGGAGCCGGAUAUGAGCAGCGCGGAGGAGGCUGGGGCGUUUGUCAGGCGGCUUCAGGGACUGCUGAGGAGGAUAGGAAGUGGGGACGGAGAUAUGGAGAAGGGAAAUCUCCGCAUCGACGCCAACAUCUCCGUCCACCGACCCAAUACCCCCUUCGGCGUCCGCAGCGAGAUCAAAAACCUCAACUCGGUCCGCUUCCUCCAGACCGCCAUAGCAUAUGAGAUACAACGCCAUAUAGCUCACUACGAGUCCACCUCCGCCCCUCUCCCUCAAGAGACCCGGCAAGUCAAUGAAUUGACGGGCGAGACAUACGCCCUGCGCACCAAGGAAGAGGCGAUGGACUAUCGAUAUAUGCCGGAUGCGAACCUCCCUGCUCUUAUCUAUCGGCCGGGCACGAUCGAGGAUCUGAGGGCAAAGUUGCCGGAGAUGCCAUGGGUCACGGUGGAGCGGUUGACGGGGAUCUAUCAUGGUCUGGAGGCUCGGGACGUGGAGACGAUGAUCCAGCUGGAUGAGUAUCAAGGGAGGGGAGUGGCGUACUUUGAGGAGAUGAUGCGUGGACUGGAUGCGAAGAAGGGGAAGAAGGCGGCGAAUUGGAUGACGCAUGAGGUGCUCGGUCAGCUAGGCAAGGCGGGCAGGGAAUGGGACGAAAGGGUCGUAUCUGCGAAGAUGCUAGGGGAGGUGGUUGACAAGGUGGAAGGCGGGGAGAUGAGCGGUACGACCGGCAAGGCCGUCGUUAGGCAUCUCAUCAACACUCCAGGUGCAGCGGAAGGGUCGGAUCUCGACGCCUUAUUGGACCAGCUGGGGCUCAAGCCAGCACCGGCUGGCGAUCUGAAGGAGCUAUGCGAGAAGGCGAUCACAAAAUGCAAGAAGGAGGCGGAGAUGGUACGCAAGGGGAAUGAGAAGGUCGCCAUGCGCCUGGUUGGGGAGGUGAUGAAGCUGAGUCAGGGGCGGGCGGACCCGAAGAAAGCAAGGGAGAUCAUACUGCAGAUACUACAAGGUGUAUAG